UCAGCUCCCAGCCUCAGAUCUCUGUCCUCCAUCUUCUGUUAGGGACACAGGACUUUCUUUUUCUAUCUGAGAAGGCAGAGCUCAAAUUCUCUCUUCUCAAGGAGAAAUUUCCCUCUUAGUAUGAGGGACAGAAAGGGUUAAAAGAGGAAGACAAAGGAGGAGGAGGAAGAAAAGCAGAAAGAGGAGAGGGAGGAGGAGGAAGAGGAGGAGAAACCAGUUGGAAGAGGGACAGGACCUGGAAGCCAAAUCUGAAGGGAGGAGCUGCCAUCCAAUGAGAGGGUCACUGCCCUCAAGGGUUGGCAUCCAUACUCUCCCUACUGGUGUCCUGGAACACCAUGAAGAUGCUGACCUGGCUUCUUGUCUUCUCUGCUGUGAGUCUUCAGGUCUGUGGUACUCCCAUCAUGGUAUACCGCAAUGAAUGGGGAGCAAGACCACUCACCUGCAGUGCUCUGUUGAGCCCACCUGUGCCCUACCUCAUCACGGAGCAGCUGCCGGGGAUGGAGUGCCAGGAGCAGAGCAUCUGUAUCCAACUGCUGCGGGGCAUGCAGUCCCAUUCUGUCCACAUCAAAGGCUGGUGUGACUUGGCCUUCAACUUCCUGGUCGGGGAUGAUGGCAGGGUAUAUGAAGGUGUUGGCUGGAAUGUCCAAGGACUGCACACUCCGGGCUACAACAACGUCUCCUUGGGUAUUGCCUUCUUUGGCAGUAAGAUAGGCAGCAGUCCCAGCCCAGCUGCCUUAUCAGCUGCAGAGGGCUUAAUUGUCUACGCAAUCCAGAAUGGUCACCUGUCACCCAGGUAUAUUCAGCUGCAUCUCUUGAAAGAAGAAGUCUGCUUGGGCUCUCAACAUCCAGUGAUAUCCAGUAAAGUUUGCCCCAACAUCAUCCCACGAUCUACUUGGGAAGCCAGAGAGACACACUGCCCUCAAAUGAACCUCCCAGCCAAAUAUGCCAUCAUUAUCCACACAGCCGGAACAGGCUGUAAUGUAUCCAUGGACUGCCUGCUUCGCAUCAGAGGUAUACAGUCAUUUCACAUGGACAAACAAGAUUUUUGUGACAUCGGAUAUCACUUCCUGGUAGGCGAGGAUGGUGGAGUGUAUGAAGGGCUUGGCUGGUACAGCCAAGGGUCUCACACCUACGGAUACAAUGAUAUCGCUCUGGGAAUUGCCUUCAUGGGCAAUUUUGUAGAAAAACCUCCAAAUGCAGUUGCGCUGAAGGCAGCCCAGGACCUGAUCCAGUGUGCUGUGGUCAAGGGGCACCUGGUCCCCGACUACCUGCUGUUGGGCCAUAGUGAUGUGGUUGAUACUCUGUCUCCUGGAAAGGCUUUAUACAACAUCAUCAAGACGUGGCCUCACUUCAAACACUGAGAGCAGCCUCCUCUCCUUCUGGGGCUGCUCUUCCUUUCACUGGGUUUUGUCCUCACCUCUCAUUUUGCCUGAGCACUUGUGUCUCCCUCCUCUGCCAGCCCUACCUUGUUCCUUUUUCCCAGGUUGGGAUGAGAAUGUUCUUUCCUGUUAACAUCCUCCAGUGUCCCCAGGUUCCCACAGCUGGACACUCACAGACCUCUAUGUCUGAGCUGCUCAGCCAGAUGAGAUGAGGGGCUGGUUCCUGUCCUGCUUGUAUUUCCCUUUGUGUCUGUCUUUUUGCCUGGUAUCCCGUCUCCUGUGGUCUGGCUGGCAGCCCCCAGCCCUUGCCCAUCACCCAGAUAGGGUUGCCCACCCCUCUUCUCUGCUCACACAAGCACUUGUACAGAUAUGUAUGAGGCUCUUAUUUAAAGCCUGUAAAUGUAAGUUUUUUCCAGGGAGUAGCUGAUAUUUAUUUAUUUCUAUGUCUUCAGUUCCUGAGCAAUGUCUGGAAUUUAAUAAGUUUUCUUAGAUGUUUAUUGAAGAAAUGGAUGAAUUAAAGAAUAAAUUAGUCGUGGCCCCUAUUCACUUAGCCAGUUUGCUCCAUCCUAUCUUCUUUGGAAAGUCAUUGUGGACAGGGUUCCAUCCCUCCUGCAUCUCUCUAUCCUAUUCCCUUCCAAUCUGAGGUUCAGUGACGGUUCUGGUAGCUUUUCUGUAAUGGGUGCUGUAUCUCUAUGAUCCUAUAUCCCUACCCCUGAGGUAGGUACUGGGUGCACCACUAUGACCAGGUCAGGGCAGUAUCCUCACAAACUUCCCAAUGCCUGCUGUCUACUUGUGCCUGAUCAGAUUCCACUGUGUACUGGGUAGUGCCAGGACCCAGAGCCUUGAUGUCAGAACAGGCACAUCCAUUUAAAUAGGGGUCAGACAGCACUGCUGUAUGUAGAGGCAUGGAAGGUAGUUUAUUUUUUUAAUGAGUUUUAUCUGAGAAAAGGAGAAGGAGACAAGGAAGGAGCCCUUGUCUUAGUUACUUUUUACUUGUUGCUGAGACAAAAUAGCUGAUGACCAAAGCUGGGAAGGGAAGGUUUAUUUCUUACAGUUUUUGGAGGUUUCAGUCCAUACUCAGUUGGCUCCAAGGCAGGGUGGUAUGGUGGGGCCACAGUUCAUGGUGGCUACAAACAGCAAGGCAGAAACUGGCAAAAGAGAGAGACACAUUUUCUUCCUGCCAUUACAUUACAUCCUGGCUCCACCCCUAGGCUGGUGUAGCACUCACACCUCCAAUCCAAGCACUAGACAAUGAACCAAUCACAAAUGCAUAAUGCAAACGCAUGAGUCCUGGAAGCCACUGACACAAACCAUGACAGAGCCAGAAACAUGGGCUCCUCCCACUCCAGAUGUUUCUUUCCUUUCUUAUUUACACUGUAUUUUGCUGUGACAGUUUACUCAGUUUAUACAAGUUAGACUUUAAUAGGCUCACAUGUACACAGCUCUUUGUGCUUCCCCAAGGCUUCCUGAGGUCUCACUAGGUUGACUCUUCCCCCCUUAUCAUUUUCCCUAAGGUGUCCUGGGAGAUAAACAAGGGAAGGGAUGGUUUGUCUACAAGAUCAACCGGUCCAGACAGGCUUGGUCCAGAACUUUUCCAGAUUUACACAUCCAGAGGAAUGCUGCUUCAGAGAGCUCUUGCGAUAGGAUGCCUCUCCAAGGGUCACUUGGCCCACCCAGCCCUUCCUGGGGCAAUAAGAGCAGGGCACGUCCUGAAGACAGCUCCUCAGAAUAGUGAGUUUAACAGCCUCUCUUGCAGGAGGGUUAGAAGGUAAUUUUAAGGGCAGAUUGUGAGAUGCUCAGAAAUGGUCUCAUAAAAAGCUCUCUACUGGGGAUUUAGCUCAGCAGCACACAAGUGCCUGUCUGACAAGCAGAAGGUUGUAAGUUAGACCCCCUAUUUAAAAAAAAAAAAAAAAAACCAAAGAAAAGAAAAGAAAAAGAAAAAGCUCUCUACUAUGCUUAGACAGUGAAGUCACUUUCUGGAAGUCUCAUUGCAAACUGGCAAAGGCAUUUAAAAAGCAGGGCUUUUUAAAGAUAAUUAGCGCAUUAAUGUUGCUGUUGUGAGUGUGCUUUGUUGUGAGUCCGAUCUUUUUCUUCGUUCUGUCUCUCCUCACUCCAUAUGCUUCCUUGCCCUCCCAUGUUCUGCUAUCUGGUGACACAGCAAGGAGAGCCUCCUCCCAUGUGGACCUCUCCUGCCUUGCAUUUCUCAGCCUCUAGACCGAAGAAAUAAAUUUGAC